GGGCUCUUGGCCUUCCAAGCUUGCGACGAUCCUGAUGAUAACCUUUGAAUGAGAAAUGCAAGAGUUCUUUGACGAGGGAAUCAACCUGAACGUUGCGCGUGCGAUAUGUGGUCUGUUCGAUAAUGCCUCUGGCUCUGACUGCAUCAUACGUUUUGAAGUAAGCAAUCAUACUGACAAUGAUGGAACGCCUCACGCGAAGAGAAGGCGGAUGGACGGCGACGGGCGGGACGUCUGUCGCGAGCUGCGCGCGCACUCGUUUGUGCUUGAGCACGCAUCGGAGUUCUUCAAGGUGAAGCUAUCCACCGAUGUCGGGCGUACAGAAGAGGCCGGCGUCCCCAGCCCCUCCCAGCGGCGCCUGCCGCCCGCGGCGGGCCUUCAACCCGCGAGCACACACCACGCCCGUCACAGCCCCAGCCACACGCCAGUCCUUGUCGUGCCUGUGGAAAGCCCCGAGGAGGCGGCCGCGGCGCGGGCGGUCGUGGCGUUCUGCUACACGGGCCGCGUGAGCCUGCCGCCGACAGCUGGCGUGCGGGCGGCGCUGCAAGUGGCGCGGCAGGCGGCAUACCUGCAAGUCCAGGGCUGCGAGAUGGCGGCGCUUGACACGCUGUCGCAGCUGCUGUACCGUACACGCGCACCUAGCAAGCCGGCUGCGAACAGGACGCUGGCGGCAGCUGCUGCUGCUGCGGCGGCGGCGGUAGGCCUUGGAGGAUCGGGUGCAGCUGCGCUGCGCGCUUCCAGCCCUGCAGGCGCGUGUGCGGCGGAUGCCGCGGCGACAGCAGCACCAGGAGGAGGAGGCGAUGCAGCGGGAGGGGCAACAGCUGCAUCGGCGGCCCUACCGCCGCCGCUCGAGUUCUUCACCUGUAGCGACCUGUGGCUCAGUGCAGACACGGCCAGCGGCCAGGUGUAUGCGCGCUUCAGGGACCUGACCGCGGUGGCGGCGGAGCGCAUGGUGGAGCAUUUUGGCGACGCGCUGAAGGUGUUCAAUGACGACGAGCUGUUUGAGCAGUUCAUGGCGCUGCCGGCCACCGCCGUGGGCGCCGUACUGUCCUGCAGCCGCUUCGGAGCGGACUGCGAGAACACCAUCCUGCACCUGCUGGCGCGGUGGAUGGGCGACAACCACGCCGCCGCAUCCGCCGCCGACCGCGAGAAGCUUUGCCGGUGCGUGCGGCUGCUGCACCUGACGCCCACCUACCUACACGCCUUCCUCCCCGCACUGGCUGCCGACCACCAGGCCGCGGCGGCCGCGGCGGCCGCAGCCGCAGCGGUAGUGGCAGGAGCUGCUGGGGCAGGAGUCGCAGAGGCUGGUGCUGGGGCUGGGGCUGGGGCUGCGGUGGUGGCGGUGCCAGGUGCGGCGGCGGGCGCAGAGAGGCAUUGCAGCCAGCCUGCCGGCGCAGCCGCAACGGCAGCGGGCGAUGCUAUGCAGGAGCAGGACGAGGACUCAGAACCUGGGCCCUGCGGCUGCAAGCGCGGGCACGCAGAGUCCGAUCGCCCGGGCGCCAGCCCUCCAGAAGGCGGCGACGCCACUGCAGGCGACGGCGGCGCCGCCUCGGAAGCAGGCACCACCGGCAGCGGGGCGCCGCCACUCGGCUGGUUCCCCAUCACGCCCGCUGAGGCAGCUUUCGUCGCCAACCUCGCCGCCGCGCGAAGUGAGCCCGAGCGCCAGGCGCUGAUCGCCGCCGGCAGCCGCCGCUUCGGGCGAGACACCAUUGCCAGUGGUUGGUACUCCCCUGGCCGCCGGCAGCAGUACCUGUCGGGCGGCGGAGGAGGAGGCGGGCGGAUGUACGAAUGGUCGAUCUCCCGGUCAGACCUGGAGGAGGAGCUGGAGGGCAAGGCGCCGGGGGAGCGCUUUCUGGUGGAGAGCCAGGAUGAGGUGGCGGCACGCGGGUUCGUGUGGGUGCCGUACGUCAAGGGAAAGGUGGGCGAGUCCGCAGCGGCGUUGUUCCUCCGCGCGUCGCUGCCUGCGGCAUUCGAGGUGCCGGGCUCGGCAUUGAACGAGGGGCUCACGCCGGCGGUGAUGCCGCUGGAUGCGGAGAUGAGCGUGCAGCGGGUGGUGGGGUGGGAGGAGGACCCCUUUGUGGUGCUACGGGGCCCGGCGGCGCGGGCAGGGCGGGUGCGGAGGGACGUGCGGCUGCGGUUCUGGGCUGACGGGGACGUGUGGGUGCUGGGCAAGGGCCGUGGGCACAAAGCGCUGCCGCUGCGCGCGGGCGUGGGAGCGGGGGCAGGCGCGGGUGAGGAGGAGGGCGUGCUGGCUCCGUGGGGCGAGUACCUGCGUGAUGGGGAUAUCCGGGGCACGCUCACGAUUCUGCCGCCCUCCGACCUAGUGUGACCAUGCACCGUUUUGGGCAUGGGGCAUCGGCAUGGCUUGCAUCUUCCAAGGGUAGGCCGCCGCCGCUGGCGAGAAGGGCCCUAACCACGCCAGGGACUUGCACUGCGUUCAGAAAUGAAGGUGCGCGGUUGCACACUGCUGCUGGGCAGUCAAGUGGGCAGUUGCCAGGCUGAGGGCACCGAGUGUGACCGACUUCAUUAUACC